AUGGCCUGUGCACUGGAGAAGCCAGUAAAAACUUUCAGGUUCAUGGCCAACUCAGAGCCACAAGGACCAGCAAACAUAUUGGUACAGAGCAUGAACUAUGUGGGAAGCAGGAAAAAUUUUGGAGUGCUAGAAAAGGCAGUCCUGACUGCAGUGACAGAGCAACCAGGUCUGGCUCCAGGGGAGGAGGUGUAUCUGAUCCCCGGUCAUCAAACUGAGAGCAGGGAACUCCAGCCUUUCCUGGUCCUCUGGUCUCCCCCACAGUGGCGAGGUAUCAUUAUUCAAUGCGGGGCCAGUUACCCAGAGAGAAUCCCAUCCCGCACCGGGCCAGGGAGUGGGAGCAGCCGGGUGCAGGGCGGCGCGCCCGGGGUCGCAGGCCGCUCCGCCAGCUCUGUGACAAGCCCAGCCGCCCGGGCGCGCGUGUUUACCUGGAACCAGAAACACGUGCUGCCGGGUGCCAACCCCGUCCCCGCAGUCCACGCCGGCGGCCAUGCCGCCCGCCUCUUCCGGGGCGCCGCUGGCCUCAGCCUCCCAGCCCCGCCGAAAAUGGCGGGAGAAGGGUCUGUUCCGGGUGGCACGGCGCGCAGAGGGACCGGCAGCGCCCGGGAGGAGGCCCGCGGGCCGAGUUUCGUUUCGUUUCCGGGACCAGCCUGCUGUUGGUAUUACGUUUUUAAAUUUAGCGCCAGGAGGGGCGCUCUGAGUGCCGGCGCUGGGCCGCAGGCAGCGGGAAGGGGUCGCGGCCUCUCCCUCGCAGCUCUGCCAGUGCUACCAAGUGACUCAUGAGGAGAAGAGCUUCUGCAGUGUGGAUCUGCUGGACGAAGGGUGGAUUCAAGUCCUUUGCAGGAUGAAGCUGGAUGGUGCAAGAUUUCUUCACACCACUCUGAACGCUGCACAAUUUAAAACUUAAGAAUUGUUUGUUUCUGGAAUUUUCCAUGUAAUAUUUUUGGACCAAGGUCAACUGGGGGUAACUGAAACCUUAGAAAGUGAAACUUGAAAUGGGGGAGCUACUGUACAUGAGAAAUGUUACCCAAGAUUCCCUUGCUCAGAUACUCAUACCUGUUUUUAUUUUUCUCUGAUCCUUUCCAGCCCUUGGCUGUAUGAAUGUGUAUUUUUGUGGUUGUCACAGUUUAGACUAUUUCGUCUGCUUUUCUCACUUAACAGUGUCAUAAGCUUGUAUCCCUUCAUAUCAAGAGCUAUCAUUGUUAAUGGAGGCAUGAUAUUUAACAUUGCUGGUAUAGGAUUAGUUAUCUAUUUCCUAGUAUGCAGUAAGUAGGUUAUUUCAAACUGUUAUUAUAAAUAAUGCUACAAUGUAUAUCGUAUAUGGAUUAUGUGUACAGCAAUGUGACACAGUGAUUGAUGUGCAUAUACACACAGAUGCUUUGUAUCUAAUGAAAAAAUUUAGAUGCAGGAAAUUAUUUUUAUCAGAA